AUGGCCAUCAAACAAAUUACGCAUGCGCAGUAGAGGGCGCUUUAAAAUAAGUCUUAAGGAGGGAACAUGAAGGCAGUUGCAGGUGGACUUGAAUAAUUGCCGAGGUCGGCGGCUCACUCCUCAUGGGAGGCAGCAGGGGUUGAACUGCGUCGCCGAGGCGUUGCAGGAUGAGCAGCCAUGACUCUGAGAGCCACGCUGUUUCCAAACACAGGGUUAAAGCAGGACACUGACACCGUCGACUUUGGCAAAAAGCAUUUCGGGGCCGCCACUGUGAGUCCUGUGAGCUUAAAGAGGGAGUCCCGGGACUUCGUUUUCGAUGUUCAAAACGUGCAGGGGGGCGAGAUCCCGAGCAAAUCAAAGAACUUAGAGCAGAAUUAUAUGACCAGCAAAGUUUCCCUCGCUGCCACAGUUGCAGAACGAGUUCAAGGAGUGGGGAUUUUGUCCCCUGUCAGACAAAUGGGGGGUGAGGGAACCCCGGUGAAAGGUAAACCCCUCUCUGCUGACAACAUGGAUAACACUCAGAUGACUGUGAACAAUAACCCCAAGGAUGGUGGUGCUGAUGACAGUGCAAAGGGGGUUGUCCCUGGAGUCCUUGGCACUGCAUCCAUUGAACUCUCGUCUGAGGGCAAGUGGAGGAACAUCAGGAAGACCCCUGCAAAUCCCCACACGCAGGCCAAUUGCCUCCGGCAGAUCCUCCUCCUCCAACUGGACCUCAUCGAGCAACAGCAACAACAGCUGCAGUCAAAGGACAAGGAGAUCGAUGAGCUCAAAUCAGACAAGGAGACGCUGCUUGCACGUAUUGAGCGCAUGGAGCGUCGCCUGCAGCUCACAAGGAAAGACCCACCACGUGACAAGCGCCUCUUCCAGCCCCUGGAGCCAUGGACCCCCGACAAAGAGGACAUGUGGGAUCUGGACACAGAGGAGAGUCAGCAACCCAACCAAGCCACUCCACUCCCCUUUAGUCGAGGUGGCAAGGGUCAAAAAAGGAAAUCUUGCUUUGGAGAUCCAAAAGUCCAGAAAUCUCGGGGUAAAAGUUCAAAGCUCAGCCCCCAGAAAUCGGAGCUUCAGCCGGGCUCUCCCAAUCAGAGAGAGCUGCGCAGUAAGGAAACCCCAGAGAGUCUAGUCCCUAUGCGGUCAGGCUCCGACAGGGACAUUAUGCUCCCGUGCAAAGAGGAGCCUGAGCUGAGCUGUCAGAUGGAAGAUCUGCCCUUCAUGUCUACUACAGAGAUGUACCUCUGCUGCUGGAACCAACCUCCUCUGUCCCCUCUGCGGGAGACUUCCCCUAAAAAGGAAGAAGAGGUGGCCAGUGAGUGGACUCCUCAUGUAGUACAUGAUAUGCUGAUUGUUUUCCCAUCAUGGAGGGAAAAUCCCAUCGAGCCCCUGGAGGAGGAGGACGACUCCGGUAACCCCGCAGAGCCGCUGGACGACGGUGUGUUCCUGAAACGCCACAUGAAGCUGGAGUUGGAUGAGAAGAGGAGAAAAAGAUGGGACAUCCAGCGAAUCAGAGAGCAGCGGAUGUUUCAGCGCCUGCAGCAACGCAUGAACAGAAAGAAAGUCGUCACAGAGACCGAGCCGGAGCUUUCGUCCUUCUACCCCGACACUGAAGAUGUUGAAACUAUCGUGAUCACUCCCUUCUUGCCCGUGGUUGCGUUUGGCCGGCCGUUGCCUAAAAUGUCACAACAGAACUUCGAGCUGCCCUGGCUGGACGACCGGAGCCGAUGUCGCAUCGAGGUGCCCAAAAAACACACGCCCCACCGGACCUGUCGGAAGUGAAUCCCACCUGGAGUUAUCGGAUCAGAGACGUUGCUCCAGCUAACAGAGAACAUUACAUUUGUCUUGCCUUCUGGGAGGAUACAUGACACAUCACCCAUUGCUAAACAUGUAAAAACCUGCUGUUGCUUUGAGUCUGUGUGUGUGUGUGAGAGUUCUCCACUCUCAGAUCUCCUGUCGAAAACUACAAAAGAAAAUGGGAGACGGCUUCCCCGUGUGUGUGUGUGGGGGGGGGGGUCGCUUGAUAGAUCUGGUGUCAUUUACAGUUCUGAAAAAGGGAGAUUAAACGCUUCAUGCAACAAGAUUACAGUCCACGUGUUUGCAGCUUAACAGUUAUGUGCAUGUUCUGUAACAUGUAGCCGCAGCCGUGCCAUCCUUAAUCAGAUUUCCUCGCACAAAAAAUAGAGUUCAGUCUCUUUUUGAAGCAUAAUCACCUGACUUGGCUCUUAAUUUUUUGAGCUCAUUCAUGAGUGCAGGAAAGAGGAUCGGCUGCUGCUUUGACUAAAAAUACGAGUUUGAAAUCAGUAUGGCUACAACUUGUUAUCCUCAGUGGUUGUCCUCGCUCUCAGGACAAAAAAAAAGUCAAUCUGGCUGUAUCGCGCUGUGUACUGCUUCUUACUUCAAAUCAAGAUUCUUAAUCAAUGUUUGGUGUGAUAUCAGGAGUUUUGAGCCACACAGCAUGACGUCAUCAAGCCAGUCGGAUGUCAGAAAACAUGUAAAAGCAGACGGAUGAUCGUUCUGUGUUCAUGGUUAUAAAAAAAAAAAAAAACAGCACGGAUACUUUAACGGGUGAUUCCUCACGUUCUGUUCCCUGGUUUGUUUCUGUUCUUUUUUUUUUUCUAUGUGAGUUGCAUGGACUCUAUUUAGCUGUUUAUAAAUAGUCAAAAAGAGUUAGCAUGGCUUAACCCCAGAACGGAGUUUUAUCUCUGCUCAUCGGGCUACAACAAACUACGACAUAUCGUUCUUGAAAGCAUGAUUUCCGGCUGCUCUGUUCAGUGAGAAGUGUUCGGCCUUUUUCCUCAUAAUAACCCGAUCGAGUAAUAACAAACAGUGCAAGUCUUGAUCUUGAGUUUUCGUGUGUCCGAUCUUUACGCUUUACAUCCAGUAAAUAUUAGGCGAGUUUAUGUGUACGCACCGGUCUCUUGAAGACGCCAAGAGAACCCGUAUUAGACGAUUAAAAAAAAAAAAUGCUUCCUAGCUGUAGUUGUAGCGAUGUUCUGCGGUAUGCUCUCUAACAUGCGGCCAGUUAAUCUCUCCCUCUCUGAGUACAUCUCAGUUUACAAUCGCUGUGUGUGAUUUCUUUUCGCCCUACCCGGCCCCCGCUGCGUUUGCUUAAAAAAAAAAACCUGUUUAACACAAUGAUGCAAAAAGGCUUCCUGCAGCUUCAAUACUUCUUCAAACUGCCCGGCGUGCUGCGAGUCGGAGCAGACGUCGGACAUAAAAACAGUUGAUCUUGUUUUUCUGUACAUAGCUUUCAGAAACAAAUGUACAUAAAAACAUGGCUGUUAUUUUUUUAUUAUUUAAUGUUGGAAAGUGUUCAGUACAUUCAAUAUUGUUCUAUGAUUGUAUGUCGACAAAAUUGACAGUUUUGAAAGUUAAAAUUUUUUUGGAAUAAAAUUAACAUGUCUACGAUAA